AUGGCCACUCCAGAGAAGAUUGCUGACCCGACGGCGCAGACCGUUGAACAUCUCGGCUCGAUCGACAAAGGCAAAGAUGUCAUCGAGGUCAAGGAAGUCAGAGGCAGCGAAGCCUUCAACGAGGCUCUGAUCCAAGAAGAGGUGCCAUUGAUGCACCCACGCUCCUUGCAGCUGUUCGCGUGUCUGCUCAUUGGCUUCUUCUGCCAGACCAUGAACGGCUAUGACACCAUGUUGUUCGGUGGCCUGCUCAACAACAAGGAAUACUUCCUCAAGCACUUCAACGGCGAGAACAAGGGCAUCUGGGCAGGUCUCAUCACCUCCAUGUACCAAAUCGGUGGUGUCUCUGCCUUGCCUUUUGUCGGACCCUGCAUUGACCAAUGGGGACGGCGCGUGGGCAUGUUCAUUGGCAGCGUUCUCAUCAUUCUCGGUACCGUCGUGCAGGGCUUGACCUCGGCCAAUGCCUCCGAGGGACAGAUGAUGGGCGGUCGAUUCGUUCUUGGUUUCGGUGUCACCAUCGCCGCUGCAGCCGGGCCAAUCUGGAUCGUGGAAACGGCCCAUCCCAAGUAUCGUGGUAUCAUCACUGGUCUCUGCAACACCACCUGGUUGGCCGGCUCGAUCUUGUCCUCUGGAGCCACCCGAGGUGGUCUCGAUAUCAAGGGCAACAGCUCUUGGCUCAUCCCCAUCUGGUUGCAGAUGGUCUUCCCUGGACUCAUCGCCGUCUUCGCCUUCUUCCUGCCCGAAUCGCCCAGAUGGGUGUACGCCAGCGGAAAGCGUGAGAAGGCCCACAACAUCCUCACCAAGUGGCAUGGCUAUGGCAACCCAGAUUCCCCGUGGGUCAAACUCCAGCUCAAUGAGUAUGAGGAAUAUCUCGAGUUGGACGGCUCUGACAAACGCUGGUGGGACUACCGUGCCCUCUUCAACAAGAGGUCGAGCAUCUACCGAACUGCUGUGGCUUGCUGGUUCUCUGCCUUCACGCAAUGGUGCGGGAACGGCCCUCUCUCCUACUUCAUGUCCGCCGUCCUCGACACCGCCGGCGUCAACACCUCGAUCGGCAAGGCCAACGUCCAACUGGGAUACAGCGUUGAGCAAUUCUGCUUCGCCGUUAUUGGCGCCCAUUUCGUCGAGCGUAUCGGGCGUCGCAGGAUGAUGUUGGCCGGGUUCUUCGGCGUCUCCGUCAUCUGGGUGUGCAUGACCGCCUCGGCAGGCACGCUUGCCAACUCUCUCGUCUCUGGCUCCGUGAACGAUAGUGACGCCGUAUUCAGCAACCAUGCAGCCGGCAACGCCGUCUUGGCCUUCAUCUUCAUCUUCGGCGCGUGGUACUCAUUCAACAUCACUCCUCUGCAAGCGCUCUAUCCCGUCGAGGUCUUCAGCUUUGAGAUCCGUGCCAAGGGCAUGGCCUUCCAAUCUUUCUUCGUCAACGCUGCGGGUCUGAUCAACCAGUUCGCCUGGCCCGUUGCGAUCAAAGAGAUCCAGUGGAAGACGUAUAUCAUUUUCGUGGUGUGGACAUUCGUCCAGGGUGUGCUGGCCUACUUCUUCUUCCCAGAGACGCGGAAGCGAACGCUCGAGGAACUGGACAAGAUAUUCGACGCCAAGAGCCCCGUCAAGUAUUCCACCCAAACUCGCACCUUGGCAAUCACCGAGGACAACACCGUCGUUGCUGUCGACACUGAGAAGGUGUAA